AUGUCACUUGCCGAUUUAUGCAGGACCCAGUUCAGAGAAGCCUUUGGAGAAGCCUUUGGAGAAAGGAAACAAGUCAGGGACAAAUCUAUAACGUGUGCAGACUUGUGGAUGAAGGUUUGUUUAAGAGGAAGAGUGCGUAUUUGUCCAAUCAUUGAAGCCACUCAAAUACUCCGCCAUCUAAUCGCAACGAGGGAAGCAACCACCGCCCUUACUCCUACCGCUACUACAGCUAUUACCGCCAUUGUUACUUUCAAAUCAAUACACGGGAACAAGAACCUAUCGGUAACAGGAUGGUCUACAUCAACUAAACCAAAAGUCCAAACUAAUUUCGCGGACUGUAUCUGGUUUAACAUGGAAAAAAGCAAUGCAGAUAAUGGCUAUAUUCGCCAUCAUUGGCCUAUCAAUAAAAAAAAAAUUAAAAUCAUCAUCAUGCUUAGCUUGGGGAUAUACUUUUAUAUUCGAUCACCUUUAUACCCACAGUUGAAUGGCAAAGCGGUGUUUAUGGACAAAACAUGGACAAUAGGCAGACUGCUCUACAAAGUCACAGAGUGCCUCAACGUUACAAUACAUGUGGAUAUAAAUGAGCCCUUCGUCGUCAACGGGGCUCCUUUUCCCUAUUCUGUUUGUAAACAUGUCCCCAACAUUGAACAUCAGCAAAAAAGAUUAGGCAUCUUUCAUGUCAAGGACCCAGAGAAUGUAGCCCAGCCUACUUGGCAUGCAUGAUCGUCUAGAACAAAUAUCGAACGUUGAAAGCAGUGACAUAAUUUACUUCUUCAGGCUGGGGCUAUCCAGACCUUAAGAAUAUAGAAAUAGUUGUUAAACAUUGUUUUACAAACACAAACAGCCCUUCUCAAGGCACCCUAUUUUAUCCAGAAAAGCACUUUCUUUUUCAUGAAAACGCUAUCUAUCAACACUCUAUAUCAGCACUUUAUUUAUACUCCAAGCGACUUUCUGAAUAUCCAUCCUCUUUACUCGUGAGGCUCGCAUGAGAUGAUAUGUGCAAUAUCACAUUCGUUGCACACACUGCAUUUGAGCAGG